CAUCGAGAAGGCGCGUCCCGACGAAAGGUAGCAGGACGCGGUAUACGCGUAUAAGACGGACUCAACUCUGCCAAGUGAUAGUGCUGCAGUUGUCGAGAGGAUAACGUUCGAGAUGUGGUUAACAAAAGUAAUUGCGAUUCUCCUCCUGCACGCAAAUUCAUGCCGAUCGGUGAACUACUGCUGUCCCGAAAACACGACAUGGCUGAACGCAUCGAAUUGUUCCGAUGGUUCGUUGUUGCCUAUGAAUUGUCCGUCGGGGAUGUUCAAGUUGGAUUCGCUAGCUGAAAGAUUCGAAAUAAUCGAGGAAAAUCUUCUUUACGAUGACGGUUUGUCAACUACUCCGAUGCAUCGAUUUUGCCUGGCGUCUCACCCGGGCAUGGAUAAUGCAUCCAUAGCUGUGGUUUGUUUCGAAGAACUGUCCGUGACGCGGUCCUUGGUAUUCGGAACGCUAUGCACCUUGUCCGCGUUCUUCCUCCUUGUCACCCUUAUUGUGUACGCGGUCCUGCCAGAGCUACGUGACCUACAGGGUAAAAUCCUCAUGUGCGCCAUGUCCUCGCUACUUGGGGCGUACAUCCUACUGGCGGUUGUACAGCUUCAUCCCGAUUAUGCCGAUGAUGACGACACUUUGUGCAGAUGGACCGCGUUCACCAUGUAUUAUUGUUUCAUGGCUGCCUUUUUCUGGUUGAAUUUGGUAGCGUUCAACGUUUGGAGAUCGGUCUGGUUCACAAGGACGGUGAUCAAGGACGAGAUAUUUUUCUGGAUGUACACCAUUAUCGGCUGGGGCGCACCAAGCAUUUUUCUUACAACCACGAUCGUCGGUCAUCAUACCGACGGAAUUGUGUUGGCUCCCGGUUUCGAUGGAGGAAGCUGCUGGUUCGCAGGAAGCUACGAAAGAUGGGUCUAUAUGUACGGCCCGGUCGCCUUCCUAAUGACACUCAACAUCGUUUACUUCUCCCUGACAUGCUACCAGCUAUGGCACAAGUACAGAAGCUUGGGCGGAACAAGGCUCGACGUGAUGAAAUUCAGAUGUAAGCUUUACUUGAAACUGGCGUCGGUGAUGGGUAUUACUUGGAUCUUCGAAGCUCUAUCGUCUACAACCGGAUCGGAAUGGUUGCAAUACUGGCUCGUGACGGAUGUUAUCAACAGUCUGCAAGGCUUUAUAAUAUUUCUAUUGCUGAUCGCGUCCCGCAAACGCGUACGAAAACUACUGGCAAAAAAGAAACCGUUCGGCAUUAACUUUCCAAAGAGAUGGGCCGCCGGCGAGGACGAGGAAUCCGAAGUGAUUCUCGAGGACGACGAGCAGGAGCAGGAGCUCUCGCAAACGGGUUAGCCGUUACUGCGAGAAUCGUGACCCAGAGUGUACCUACCGUGACGACGUCGUACAUUCUUACAAACGUCCCAACGACACGACACGCACGCGCGCACACACACGCCGAUGUACCAGUUCGCGUAAUUAGGUAUGAUAGAUCCGCUUAAUUACCUGCCUAUUCAUAUCGUACGGAGUAGAUCGCGUCUUAAAGGUAAUUGGGAACGACCCACUGUCCUUGCACGGUUUUCAACAUUCUCUAGCUUCUCUUGGGGCUGUUUGUAACGUACUUGAUCGGUUCACUCCGCGUCGUGUCGCGCGCGCGCGCGCGCGUGUGUGUGUGCGCAACCGUAAUUCAAUUUGUGAUGCCGAUCAAGGAUCAGUUAUCACAAUCGACCUUUCCAUACAACAAAAAUGACCAGUCUCGAGAAUGUACACAUGUUUUUACACACCUGCGGAACGUACGCGAUUAUUCUGGAAGACAAUCGACAAAAAUUACUGACGCGAUAUCUGUUAAAUUAGGUGCACACGUAAUAUACGUUAAUCUUUAUAGGGUGCCAUAGAUUUACGCAAUUGCGUACAGAGCUUACUCUGAAUGCAUAAUGCAAAUACCUUAUAUUGUCUGUACAGUAAAUAUGUAUUAAAUAUUAGAUGUAACAGAUGCGAAUAAUUACAAGUGUAAAAGGGAAGUGGCGACGCUUACGAUGAGAUAAAACUACGCCGGCGCGGGUGACACGUGAAUAGCCGGGCAAUUACUUACUACAAUUAUAUACGUUAUCUGCAAUCUCUAAGAGAAUGCAAUAAACUAUUAUUCAUUACAUCUA